CCACCACGCCCCCAGCGUGGAUACCGACAGCUCCAGUGAGCGCAGAGCACAAUACUGUCACUUUACAUGGGUAUGGACUUUUCUGCCACGAUGGGGACUUUUUACAUUCAACCUACUCAAGUUUACCUGAGCGUCUUUGUCUGAACAGUAGCGAGCAGUCAAGUGCGGCGCGUGAACGGUUCGUAUCUCCGCGUGCUUUUAUUCAGGAUGUCAGGUUUAUUGAGAAGCCGGUAACGAUACAAAGUGAGUUUGCUGAAUGUUCAGCUUCACACAAAAGGGAUCGACGACGGACUCGAGCGAUUUAGACAAGUGUCACUUCGCUUUUGAAUGUCAUAAAGAACCAUCGGGGGCACUUUUAUUUUGCGUGUUUGACAAAAUGGAACAUUUAGCAGCAGAGUGCCUUGUGUCCAUGUCCAGCCGCGCAGUUGUGCACGAUCCUAAAGGGAACAAGGAGAUUCGACCCGAACCCGCGGCUGCACCCAGGACCGGAGACGAGACCAAGGAAGCGCUGGUGAAGGACAACUCUUCCCUUUUCGUCGUGGCCCGAAUUCUGGCGGAUUUCAAUCAGCAGAGCCCGACUAAUUUCGCCGAGCAGGCAAAAACAAAAGAAGAGAGCAUGCCACCAAGCCCACCGCGAGAGGAUGGAAAUUCUGCCACACCUACCGCCGUCCCUGCCGAUCCUGCCCUUAAACAAAGAGGCAAGCGAUGGAAGGCUCGCGCUGAGCAGGAGUCCCCGCAGAAAAGGCACAAAUGCCACUAUUCGGGCUGCGAAAAAGUUUAUGGCAAAUCGUCACAUCUCAAAGCCCACCUAAGGACACAUACAGGAGAACGGCCCUUCCCGUGCACCUGGCCUGACUGCAGUAAGAAGUUUGCCCGCUCGGACGAGCUGGCACGCCAUUACCGCACACACACGGGAGAGAAGAAGUUUGGCUGCCCGCUGUGCGACAAGCGCUUCAUGCGCAGCGACCACCUGAUGAAGCAUGCUCGCCGCCAUUCCGACUUCCAGCCAGACAUGCUAAAGAGGCAGCAAGGAGGCAGCAGCACGCUGAACGCCACGAGCAGCACACGGCCCGGAUCGCUGAGCGACUACAGCCGUUCGGAUGCCUCCAGCCCCACGCUCAGCCCCACGCUCAGCCCAGCCAACUCGCCUUAAACCCACCUGCACUUUCCGCCCUCUGCCCCCUGCAGCUCAGUGCUGAAUAUUUUUUUUUAAUUUUUUUUUUUGGUUUGUUUUUUUUUAAACUCAAGUUGUUUUCUGUCAAAAGUAGUGAUGUUGCACACUUGUUAGCCGCCACCUCUCUUUGCUAAUCCUUUUUGCUUGCUGUGGUGUACUCUACUGUACAUAACUGCUUCCUGUAAUGCAUUUUUUUUUCCCUAAACAACUUCAAAAAAGAGUAAAAGUCGAAAAAAGAGAAGAAAAAUGCCUUUCCUAAAUGGCAAUAUUUACAUGAUGUACCAUAUGUUUGUAUUUUUAUAGCCUCUGGCAAAAGCCAGUUUCCAUUGUAUUUUUUUUCUCUCUUUUGAUCAAAUCUCUUCAAGUGAACAAAAAUUUACACAGAAUUAACAGGUAUAAUAUUUUUUUCUUCCUUUUUCUCUCGUUUUCUUUCGUUUUUAAUUUAUGACGGGUUAGGGGGAGUGGCGCACACACACACCUCAGGAUUCUAGACAGUUGUUUUUCUUUCCUUCUCCUUUAAUAUUCACACUGACUGCACAAUACAAGCAUCACUUUACUCUGAAAUUCAACAGGGGUUGAAUUUUAUGCCCUGCUCAGGGAUGGCCUUGUUAGCUUGAAAGAAUGAACAUGAAGAGAAAACAUACAUAAAGCAGCCUUACACUCAACAACAACAAAAAAAAAAUUGCACUCUUCCUUUUGUCUUUUUUUUUAGUGGAUUUCACAUCAGGUGAAACUAGUACUAGGUUUAACAGUCAUUAAAAACUCAAUAAGACGUGGUACCCCAGAAUAGGGACUAAAAUGGAGUGGAAGUCAUUGUGUAUGGAGACUGGAAGUAACUCUUUUCAUUUUUUUUACAUUGCUAUCUCUAAGACUUUUUUUGGGGGGGGGGAUCUUGGGAUAUGUCCUUUUUUUAAAGGGCUGUGUUAUAGUGGCAUGUUUCUUUUUUUUUCCUUCUUUAAAUAUUUCACUUGUUCAAAUCUGCAUGAAGAAAAAUAAUGAACAUCAGAUUUCACCCACUAUGAACAUAUACCCGUGUGUGGUCAUAUAACACAGUAAGACAGAUUUUUAUUUUUUAAACAUUACACUUCACUGCACACGUUUGUGGCACAAUUCUGGUGGGUCCUCAUGUCCUUAGGCCGUUAUUGAUUUCAUAGAUUUGUGUGUGUGCCACAUUUCAGGGCAGAGCUUUGUUCACACAGUAAAGACAGAUAUAGGUCAUUUACACACACGCAAGUGUGAACUGUCGAGAUGAAAAAUCAGACUUAAGCCACGAAACUUGUGGUGUUAAUGUCGCUAAAGAAAAUCCCUACAUUGUGUGAAUGUAGGUGUUAAAACUGCCAUUACAUGUACCACCUUCCCAAUGAGGAGAAUAGAUCCCACUGGCCUGAACCAAAUCCCCUGAAACGUGGAGGAUAAAGUUUCAAAGCAGCAGCACUGCACCAUAAAGACUGCACAUGCAUCAGCUUCAGGUUUUUUCCGUAACAGUACAGGUUUAUUACACAUAACAAGGGGACUUUGAUUCUUUCCAUUUGUGUGUGUGUGUUUUUUUUCUUUAUUUAAUUUUUUUUAAGAAAGCACAAAACAGGAAACCACCAAAGACUGGAAGGUGUGAAGUUGAGAAUAGGAACGCUUUUCUGCCUGUGGUAUCCAGCGCUGGGGGAAGGGAGAUGCAUUGGCAGUCUCAGGUAAUGACAGAUGCCUCGGCCAUGUGACCUUGCCCACCUUACUGACUGCCACCUGCCGCUUAGGAAACGACUGUGUUUAAAAUCAGUCUAGUGAUAGCAUACUGGAAAGGGAAAGCAAUAGCAGUACCCACAACAUGCUUCAUUCACUGCUUUAAAAAAAAAAAAAAAAGAGGCAGCCAUUGAGAGGACAGAUGAAGUACUCGAGGAUAUCCCCCAGGGUCUUUGUUCUGGCACACUGAAUGCAGCCUGGACGACUGCAGGUCUUCAGAGAGCAGAAAGCUGGAAACUGGGCUGGGUUGCUGGUGCAGUAAUGGGAGACUACAGCGUGCAUAAAGAAAAGCAGCUAUCUGGAUAAGGCAGGAAAGAAAGAGCCGACCCCGAGGGAGCCUGAUAAAGACAUGGGCUUUAUCAUAAGUCGAACAGUUCAGCAGAGGAGACAGCUAGUUAGCACUACCCUCUCUGGCUUUUGGACUGUAACGCAGCUCUCCACUCCUAAGCAUGCUGCCCCUUUUCCUGCCCACCCACUAAGUGCUAACGGAAGAAGGAGCAUCCUGUCAUCUAUCACACAUGGCACAUGGCACAGGGUGGUGGAUCUUCUCUAAUCAAAAGCCAUCGAAAUUUGAGGACAUUGUAAGGAUUUCACAAGUAAGGAAGUUGAGCCAAGGAGUAAAGGACCCAUGAACAAUAGGAAUGCUGGUAUCAAUAAAAAUUUUAAGCAUAUCCUGUCAGAUCUGGAGUUCUGAAUCUUUGGAGAAGAAAAGGAAGCUAAAUUUACAGUUUUUCCCCCAGUGCUAAGCCCUUCCAGGCUUUACUCAGACACAUCUUUCUUUUUUCUUUGCACAGCUGCCUUAAAGACAGUUGUAUAGAUCAGAGUCACAAGAUAAGACGAGCAGCACGCAGCUGUAAGACUGUGGACUUUUUGGACUUUUCGUUCUUUGAGUAUCCAGACCUCUACACAGACUUCUUUACUGUCGCAGAGACACUGAUCGAAACAGUCAGUGUUACUGCUAAACACAUUACCUCAAUAUACCAUUACAGCAGCUGCUUUCAAACUUGAUCCUCAUUAAACAAGGGGCAUUAGACUCAUGAAAUAUUGUUGCUAACAAAUCCAUGCAGUUACACAUACAUAUCAUUAAACAAACAGCAGUUUACCGUCCUUCGCCUGCUAAAGCUUGAGAGGAUGAUGGCCCUGUAUGAGAAAGUGGUCUUAUGUUUCGCAUACUUUUUCUCAUCACUCAAGCCACAAGCGUAAAAAAAAAACAAACAAAAAAAAACCCUGCCAUGAGGCACCCUGUCAAAACUAUUUUGGCACUUUGUCUCACACACAUAUAUUUACACUCUGAUGCACAUGCACAUUCAUCCAUCUCGCACUUGUCAAGUCAUUGUCACCUGCACUAGGUUGUCGUCUCAGUCGUCAUGCACAUGCUUAUUUGCUUUGAAUCUUAAUACCUUGUGGAGGGAGAUGGGAGAUGGGAGAGGAUUGGGGCACUGUGGCACUACCCAGCUGGGGAUGCCAUAUUCCUGGACUGUAGGAGCAGAUGAAGGCCUGUGAAUAGCAUUCCUUGUCUCCACUCUUCACCCUCCCUUUCCCAGUCUUUCCCCUCCCUUCCCUUCCCUUCCCUUCCCUCAGGGCCUCACAGCCAGAGUCUUUCAAAACAGCACACAUAAUCAAAGCUUUCUCUCUUCUCUCGCUCUCUCUAUAAAGAAAAUACCCGUAACAAAAUGAAACAGCAUUACGCAUGCAAUACUGCUGCAGCAAGACAACACAUAAUGCAUUUUCACUAUUAGGUCAUUUUAAACAGACUCCAGAGAUUUUGGAAUCAAAGUGCCAUCCAAUUCCACUCUGUUAUAGCUAACGCUGGAACACUAAUUUAGUAAGUACUAAUUAGCUAAAUGCCCUCUCGGCGCAGCUGUCAUCAACCGACCCCAAAGAGGAGAUAAUAACACCUUUCCAUUCAUAUUGCUGACAUAUGCUGACCAGAAGCUUUUACUCACACCACCAAAGAGCCGCAUGUUGCAGUAGAGAGGAAGCGCUGUAGGUCAUCUCUGUGUUCUCUUCACCGGUGGUCAGAAAACACAGUGGUUCUCCAGUAGCAUGUUCAAACACCACUCAGGACCAUGUCUGGUCUUUAAAUUGGUCUCACCAUCUUGGGUCAUGGUGAGAUAUAAUGUAAUGAUUACACUUUUUUUUUUUUUCCCAGUCUCUGGCACUCACUUUGGUUACCUAUAACAGGUCAGUGUGAGACGUCAAAAAAAGAUGCAUUCUCUUUCGCUUCUUGUAGUCACUGUACUGAAACGACUUGAAUCAGAAAUGAGACCAUUGAACAUAGAUUGUGGCAUGUUUAGGGUAAAUCUGCUCUCUCCUUGGCUUACAGUUCAAUUUUACAUGUGAUUUAUAUGUAUUCACCUGGCUUGGUUUGUUUGUAAUAUAUAUUUUCGUGUUGUGUUAUUAUUAUUAUUAUUAUUAUUAUUAUUUCCUUUUUCUGAAUGAAAACAUAUUUAGUUUCUGAUAACUGUUGUUUUUGUUUUACAUUUUUUAUCUCAGUUUUUAAAGCCUUGAGCAAGACAAGCACCAAGAGGUAACUCUUUAUGCAGAGACACUGAAUUUUUGUUAUACACAGGAUAUAGAUUUUUUUUUUUCCUUUACAAGUUGUGGAGAGAAGUGAGAGAAAGGGUUGAAGUUAACUUUUCUAAGGCUAAUAUUUUCUUCUUUAAUGCCUUGCACAUAAUUGAUAUAAUUAGCUUCGUUUUCAAAUGACACAUAACCAUAGAGACCAUAGCAUUGUGAAUAGGUAGUGUAGUCCCAUGCUAUUAUUGUUAUUAUUAUCAUUAUUAUUAUUGUUACAUUUUUUUCAUUCUCUCCUUGAUUAUAGAUGACCAUUUUGUUACACAUCAUGUUAUCAUUUUUUUCCAAACUUGUACUUUUCAAAACGACUCAGAAGGUUAUGAAGUAUGAAGUAUUUUGUCAUUAGAUUGGCAAAACUGAAAUAAUGGGCCAACCAUGAUGUCAACAUUGUCUGAUUUAUUAAUAUCUAUUAAUUCAAACUGUUAAGUUGUAAAAGAAAAUACCUAAAUGUUUCACAAAGUCCUUUAAUGUGAAUCAUAAAUCUCAUUUAAUUAUUAACUUACCCCAAUUUAGCAUAAAUUAAUUUCUAUUUUCUGUUGCUAGAAUUAUACUAAUCAAUUUUAGUGGAUUUUAAUUUUGGGAAAUGUGACUAAUAUUGUUUGAAUAGCACAUUAGCUUUGAUGAGUGCCAAAGGCAUUAAAGUAGCAAUUCCAGGAGAAACCCUUAGAAAAUUAAUGCAUAUUCCAUAAUAGGUGACAUUAACUAAAUAACCUUGUACAGUUUUCUAUGAGUGAUGUGUUUUUAAAGUACGUGUACAGGACUGAAUGAUGUGUGUUUUUAAGUUUAGCUGUUUGUUUUUUUCUUUUGGUGUGACAUUUAUGUAGCUUUAUGUUGUUUUUUUCUCUGAUUAUAUUGCUUUCUUAAUUUUUCUGUCUACAAUCUGAUGCUGUACAAUUUUGAACAUACAUAGUUUAAUAGUCUAAACUCUUGGACGCUAUUAUUGUUAUAUUAAUCAGAAGUGAAAGCCCAACCAUUCCAAAGGAUUGCAAUUUCAUUUGCUGUAAAUGUGCUGCUUAUAUCAAACCAAUGCAUAGAAGCUAAAUUACUUUUAUGUAUUUAUUUUAUGUUCAGUUUUGGACUGUGAUAUACUUUAAUGAACUUUUACUAUAUACUUUACUAUACAUUUGUGACUAGUUAUUUUGGGUACUUACAUAUUGCUCAUAUUUUAUUUUCCUGCUGUUUUGACAAUGCGCUUGUACUAUAUUUGAUGGUGCCUACUGGACAAAAUAGACACAACCAUUCAUGUUGGGACAGGAUAAGCAGUAAAACCUGGGCCUCUCAUAAAAGGGAUUUUGCAAGCCUGUUUGCUUGGCAGGUGUGCAUAUUAUUUUGUAGCCAUUCCCAUGAGACGUGAAAGACAUGUAAAACAGGGGCUAGCCCAGUGGAACUGUUGCAUGGAACAUGGGCCAAAGUGGUACAAAGCAUCUGCCACUUGAGCCAUCAAGCGAAUUAACCCACACUGUACAAUUAAUUGAAGUUCAGCACUGGGUUCCUGUAACUAGAGCCUCACUGGAUUGUCACCAAAGACGUCUAGAGUGGAUGAACGUAUGAUGUUUGCAUUUAUGUUAGCUGGAAUUCAGGCUGCCAUUUCACAAAGCACAUUAGAGUGCUUUCAGCUGAAAGGAAAAAAAAAAUGUUUAUCCUUCAAAUCAUAUGACUCAUUGGGUUAUUCCCAAAUGAGUCUGCCAGGAAGUUCAGGAAACAAAAGAGACCCUUUGAGGAACAAACAAAGCCAUGGUAAACUAAAUAGCUCGCUCUGUGUGUUAAUUGUCCUAGUAACACAUAUCUGUUAAACAUUAUGUAGGCUGUUUGCCCAUUUUUGCUUAUUGGAUCUUCUAAAGCUGAAAUGAAUGGCGUCCACAGGUAGAAUAGCACUGUGCUUGCGCAGGUUGUUUUUUUUGUCCGAAUAACCCAUGUUUGGCCGUGAAAUGCCUCUCAGUAAUUGUGUGGCCUGGGAGGGAAAAAACCCCGACAUCAAGUGUGAGCACAUUUUAGGAAUUACUGGAAACAUCCUUCAAAUUGAAAUGUAAAUGUUUACCAGGGAAAAAACAUGGCUUUGUUGUUGUUCGCAUUAUGUUGCUAAUCCCACAAAAUAUGUAAAAUAUGGGGGAUUAAGCUAUGUAUUUUCACUGUACGUUAAGACCUGCAGAAUGCGAUCAUGUUCUUACUAUUGGUCAUUUGUCAAUUUUGGUCAUCUCAUAUUUUGCGUGGUCAGACUUGACUAGCCUUUUAGAACCAGUGGCGUCAGCAGGGACGAGGCUGCUGUGGUAGCAGCUGUUAAUGAGGACGCAUGACUGGAUUACUGUAUGAGGCUCAAACUCAGAAGCACCCUUCUCUUUGUUCCCUUUUUUAUAUGGUGCACUCUAUAUGGUAAACUUACUCUAUGAGGCCCAACAUUUAUGAUGUUUGACACGGACUGGACUGUCUUCAAAUCAUUUUCUUUUGCUUUAAGGCAUCUCAUUUUGUUCUUUCUAUAUGGGACGAUUCGCUUGACGUUGGUGACAUUCAAUGGCCUUCAUGGAUUAUACUUUGUGCGUUUGCACGCCAAUGAUGCACAUUUUUUGUACCAACUUGUCAAUCUCCAAUCAUAAAAUGAACAAAUACAGAUGUUGUAUUAAGAAUUUUUGGGAGGUUGUAGACGCUACAGGCUGUCCUCUAGGCUUUAUGUGUAUACUUGGCUUGCCUUCCUGAUGUAUGUAUUAGUCUUUAUUUUCUAUCACCAUACAAUGCCUGUUCCUGUGACUCCGGCGCAGCUAUACAGCGCUUCGUACAAAAUAACUCAUAUUUCAACUAUGGCCAGUUUCUCUCUUCAUGACCUCAUUCAAAACCUGCCAUUCAUUACCAUUUUUUCUUCUUUUAUUUUCUUUAAUCAACCAAAUCACUACAGUGAAGUAUUACAGUUGUACAGUUCCAUGAAUUAUACCAACGCUUAAUGUUGCUGGUCAUGGUUUCUCUGCUGUAUCUUUUUAUGACAUUAUUUUUUACAUUCUAGACAAUAUAUUGUGACUCUGUCCUAUGCAAAUAUGAGAAUUAACAAGAAUUUGUCAAAUAAUGUUUGUGUCAACUUGUAUGCAUGAAAUAGUGAAGUUUACAUUUGAAAAUAAAUGCAUAAAUAAUCAGC